GCAGGAGGAGCGGCGGCAGCUCAUCCAUUCAUCCUCCUCCUCCUCAUCUUCUCACAGCUAAUACAUGAGUCAACAUGGCGGCGGAGCACAUCACCCUGUAGCGCUGCUCACACACGGAAACAAAUAAACAAACAGAGGUCCUUCAGUCUGAUGUUAUUUACAUUGUUCUGGAUGAGCCCGCAGUGUUCCCCGCAACAAAGCUACAGACUCGAUGGCGUUCAUGUCACGGUUCUCUCGCUCUCGGAGCAGCUCCAGGUCUCCCAACCGGAAAGACUCGGAGCGCGUCUCCCCGAUCCUGAGUGUGUCCGAGCUGGAGAGGCUGCUCUGCACGGGCAAGACUGCCUGUAACCAUGCCGACCAAGUGUGGCCCAGACUUUACAUAGGAGACCAAGACAUCGCAUCAGAUCGGCGUGAACUGGCCAAACUGGGCAUCACACACAUCCUCAACUGUGCGCAGAGUAAGUGGCGCGGAGGGGCGGAGUAUUACGCUGGGAUGAACAUCACCUACCAUGGCAUCGAGGCCCACGACUCCCCCACCUUUGACAUGAGUGUUAACUUCUAUCCGGCAGCAGAGUUCAUUCACAAAGCUCUGACGAGCGGAGGUAAGGUGCUGGUCCACUGCACCGUGGGUGUGAGCCGCUCAGCCACACUGGUGUUGGCCUACCUGAUGAUCCGCCAAAACCUGACCCUGGUGGAGGCCAUCAAGACGGUGAAAGACCACAGAGGCGUCACCCCGAACAGAGGCUUCCUCCGCCAGCUCAACGGCCUGGACGGCAUCCUGAGAGAGAGCCGCAAGACAUCGCCGCAGAGCUGAAGACAGCGUGAGCCGCCGUGCAGGCUCAAGUCGGAGCUCAUCUGCUUUAAACCAGGGAAACAAUGGGACCAAGUCACGAGCAGCAGGUGAUGGAAGGAUUCAUAGGACUCAUAUCACUAUCUUCAUACUUAUUACCUUGAGUCACUAAAACAACAGUAGCACUUGGUAGUAAAUCACCAGGAGAGUAGCAUAUGUACAUUUAAAUACCAAACAGUAAACCGUAGCCCACUGUACAAUUUCGAACGAGCCAUGUUGAUGUAGCUCAAGGUGUGUUCAAGGUGUGACACACACCUGUGUGAACUCAUCUUCACGACAUGAGUUCACACAGGUGUGACACACCUGUGUGAACUCAUGUUCACGACAUGGCAAAAAAAUAGACACUGGAAAAAAUAAGGACAUUUUUCCUGGAAUGAACUAAGUCAUUUCAAACUAACACUCAACUUAUCGGUUUAAACAAAUAGAAAUCUAUAUGUUUGGUGCACAGGUUUAACAAAAAUAACCAAAAUAUGACUAAAAUGACUCGUUUGAACUUUUUAUCCACUGAAAAGUGAACUUCACUUGACUCCACCAGAAAAGGUGAGCAAAAAUAUCACAAUUCACGUCAUGAAUAUGAAAUAAGGGGUUCAAAUGGAUUCAUCUCAUAAAUAAGACCUCAUUUGAAGGCAACGUAACAUUUGACAGAACCCAAAUUGGAGGAUGGUCUCCGUACUUAGCUGCGUGUCAUAAUCACAUUUAGAAGCCAGAGGGGGCUGCUAAAUGUAAAAGAUAUAAAUGAAUGUAUUACAGUAUGUUUAACAUUGUUUAUUAACAGUAGAGAAAAGUUGAAUCUGAAAAGGUCACAAAAUUAUUCAUUUAGUGAGGAAACCAGAAUAAGUAUAUUUUUGCUAUGAAAAAUAACGUUCAAUUUAUUUCAAUUUAAAAAGCCGUUGAAAUAAAUGUGGUACGUCAUGGGACCCAAAGCCCUGACCACUGGUUCACAAGAAGACUCUUGAUGAUCAACAAUCCCGGAUUUCUUGUUAAUCAAACUUCAGACCAUUCCACUGAAACUUAUUAAGAUGUGAAGUCUCAUUUUAACAAGUGUAGACAUUUUUCUUCACAACUUUUAACAUAAUCAGUAAUUGAUGAUGAUGAUGAUGAUGCACUGUUAAAAGGUGAUGUCAUCUCAGUUGUUGUUUCAGGAAUUUACAGUCUACACUGUCACUGCUCUAGUAUGAAGAACAGUACAAACACUGCCACCUGGUGUCGCCAUAAAGUCUUGUCAGUGUUACAUAAGGCCGUCAUGUAUUCAAGACUGGCCAUUUGAAUAUUAUGGCUGGUGAUUUCUUUGAUUCUUUGAUUCAUUGUUUAGCCUCAAAAUCUAAAAAAAAUGGUAUUAAAAAAAAUAAAAUGCCAAUUCAUGGGUAGUGGGGGGGGGGGAUAAUGGAAGCAUAUUUACCCACUGAACUAAAGGCUCAGGCUGUUGAAGUACAAGACGUAUUCUGCUGCUUUAUCUUACAUGAGACAGCCUUAGAGGUUCAAAGUCCAGUGGGAAAAUUCACUUUCUAUUACAUAUAUUUAGUGUUUAGAGUUGGGCACUUUGAAAUUGUAAUCUGGGUCAUCUGGGUUCUAGGUUCUGGGUUCAUGAUUAUUCAGAGAAGGCAACACAAACUUAAAUUAGCUUACGUUAAUUGUAUCAUAUGGAAGCAUAGAAAGUUAAUGGUUAAAACAAGAAACUAUCACUUAAUAAGGAGAAAACUGAACUUUCUCGCUAAAAUAAGAAUAAUGGAAAAAGUAUCUCAUCAUAAACAACCUUAUUAAACAAGAAACUAUGUUGUUAUAACAUAUCUAUCAUAUGAUCUUGGUAAAACGAGAAACUAUGUUGUUAUGAUGAGAAACUAUCCCAUUAUUAGAUGUCAUUAUAACAAGAAAACUGUCUCUUUCAACAAGAAACUCGUAUAUUUAUAUCAUAUUUUUCUUUCCUGUGCCAGUGCUACACUUCUGUAGCAUCAGAAAAUGCAAAACACCAUUUAAAAGUUGGAGCCACUGAACAUUAGACAUUUUUAUGAUCAAUAAAUAUAUCAAAUUUGACAUUUACUUUCUUUUAAUCAAUUAAACAACAGCUUUGUUACAAGGAGUUGGGAUUCAGAGGGCCCUAUGCUUUUGUUUAUGUAGGGCCCUGAAAUAUCCACAUGCAGCCCUGGACACAGUCACCUCUGCUGUGUUUUGUAAUCAGCGCAGAGGGCAAACGACACUUUCAGUCUCUGGAAAUCUUCCUUCCACUCGACCGUGGUAGAUUCAGAGUGUUGUCAUGAAGUGCCCUGAUCUGCUCACUCUCUAGUUGUAGCCCAGAUCUCAAACCAGUGCAGCUAAGUAGCCUAUCGGUCUUAUUCUCGCAGUAUUGUCACAAUCUGUACACUCUGUGCAUAGUAACAUAACGUCUACACUAUUCAAUAAGGUGUCACGUAAGCCCAGUGUAUUUUUUCAAUCCAGUACAGUCACUCUGGUUUUUUUUCAUUAGACUGAAAUAAUCUAUAUAAUAAAAGAUAAACGCGCUCAUCUGUGAUUUAAAGGUCCAGUGUGUAAGACUCAGUGACAUGGAAUUUCCCAAGCACGUCAGAAACUACGGUGGCCUUCACAUACCACAAAGGAUUUGUUCUUCAUUUGUUUACUAACGUUCACUCGCCAUUUCAUUUUUUCAGCUUAACAUAUAUGACAUUUUAAGGGAAGGCUCUAAGUUAUAGCUACAACUGUAGCUAUAACUGAAGCUACAGUUGUAGCUACUGUCUGUAGUGGCUAUAACUGAAGCUAAAAUUGUAGCUACUGUCUUUAGUAGUUACAACUGUAGCUAUAACUGAAGCUACAGUUCAAGCUACUGUCUGCAGUAGUUACACUGUAGCUUGACUUAACUUUGCAUUGAAACAUACUGAGUGUGUAUUUGAACAAAGGGGCGGGGAAAGACAGGUCAUGUGGUCACAGGCGACACAUCCAGGACAUAUUUUAAUGCUAGGUGUGAACAGCUGAGUUUAGCGUUAUUCACAAUCUCUAGUUACCACUAAAUCUUACGCACUGGUCCUUUAAAUUGAGUCCAAAUGGAGCAUUAAAGCCAACAUUAGAUUGUGGACAAAGCUUCAACCGUACAGUGAUUGUCAGCUGUCCAGAGUAGAAGUGGUAGUUGGAUAAUUGUCAACUUUAUGAAUUGAUGCUGGUGUAAGUAUUUAGAACACUGAGACAGUUGGAGACAUUGUAAAAGCUACCAACUGCCUGGACGACAGGAGAGCGCAGUGUCCAAGUCAAGGAUUCAAGGAAGGAUCCUUGACUUGGACAAACACCCCCAAUGUUAGUGAGGCUGCUCGUGUUCUCAUGCCCCCCCCCC